AUGACCCAGGAAACCAUAGAAGCGCGAGAAAUUAUCCCUGGCCAAGCUGAUGGAUCCUUAGUCGCCAGUGACGUCGCGCUGAGCUUCUGGGGAGGAGUCGAUCCCGGAAACGGUCGUGUCAUUGACUCGCACCAUCCUCUAGUGGGAAGAUCCGUGCAAGGGAACGUGUUGGCGAUUCCAAGCGGCCGUGGGUCAUGCACCGGAAGUGGGAUUAUGCUCGAACUGUUACUCCAGGAUCGGGCUCCGUCGGCGCUCAUUUUUAGCCGCGAGGAGCUGAUCCUGCCCAUCGGAGUUCUGGUCGCCCAAGAGCUGUUUCAAAAAAGCAUCCCGGUCUUGCAGGUGUCUGGGUCGUCCUUCGAUAAGCUGCUGAACUUUGAUCGAGCCAGAAUUCAGAAUGCUCGGAUCUAUCUGAGCAAUGAAGCAUUGCCAUCUCCAAAAGCGGAAUCACCCCUGAAUGUAUCUGCUACAGAUGUUGAUUUCUCAUCAAUCCAGCUGACCCCGCUAGAUCAUGAGCUCUUGAACGGGACCCACGGCAGAGCCGCCCAAGUUGCCAUGCGGAUUAUCCUUCGUACAGCCCUGAUACAAGGCGUCACAGAGCUGAUCGACGUCAAGCAAGCACAUAUUGACUGCUGCAUCUACACUGGGCCAGCAACGCUAAAGUUUGCCCAACAACUAUGUGACUGGGGAGGUAAACUGAGGAUUCCCACGUCAUUGAAUGCUAUUUCGAUUGACCGAAGAUUAUGGCGUUCACAGGGGGUGGACCCAGAGCUGGGGGAACCUUCUGAAAGGCUUGCACAGGCAUAUCUACAUAUGGGAGCUCGGCCUACAUUUACUUGUGCUCCUUAUUUGCUAGAAACUGCCCCUAAGCCCGGCGACCAUAUCAUGUGGGCGGAGUCGAACGCAGUAGUGUUUGCCAACAGCGUCCUAGGGGCACGGACUAUAAAGUGUCCGGAUUUUCUCGACGUAUGUGUCGCCUUGACGGGGCGAACGUUGAAUUCCGGAUGCCACCUUGAGGAGAAUCGCAAGGCUCACAUCGAGAUACACAUCGACCAUACAGAAGAUGCCGACGAUACCCUCUUUCCGCUGCUGGGCUAUAUUGCCGGUGACCUUGCUGCUGAUGUGGUUCCAAUAAUCACGGGCCUAGAGAGUACAAAAGCAACCAUGGCAGACUUGAAGGCGUUUGGUGCCGCCUUCGCGACCACUUCAAGUGCCCCAAUGUUCCACAUUGCUGGGGUUACAGUUGAAGCUAUGAGCCAACAGCAGAUUGAUUUUCAUCUACGAGACACACCUAGAUCGACAGUGUCUCGUGCAGACUUGGCACGCCAGUGGAAGCGAUUCAACACAUUUGAAGAUGAGAAAAGCUCUUGUCAAAUAGACUUAGUAUCCCUUGGAAAUCCGCACUUUGCAUUUGAAGAAAUACAGCGCCUCGUGGGUCUAUUGCAGGGACGUCAGAAGAAUACCACGACCGGGAUUAUGGUCACAUGCAAUCGUGCUACUUAUUCACAGGCUUCAAAAGCCGGUCUUAUCGCGGUGCUGGAAGGACAUGGAGUUCAAAUAGUUACUGAUACCUGUUGGUGCAUGAUCCAAGAGCCGGUGAUUCCAAGAGAAACGAAAGUCAUCAUGACAAACUCGGGCAAGUAUGCACACUAUGGAAAAGGCCUCACAGGUCGGCAUAUCCGUUUCGGCGGACUCGAGCAAUGCGCGGCGGCAGGCUGCUCCGGCCAGGCGACAAAUCUUCCCCCUGCCUGGCUUCGCAGCAGUGAGGCUUCAUGA